UGCUGUGGCUCCUUCUACCCUUCCUUCCAGCACAACCCUCCUCCUUAGAUCUUCUGCAGGCGAAGCCAUGAGAUCACCGGUAGCUCCAGCGCUCCUGGGUCUGAUUCUGGGAUUCUGCAUAGCAAAUGCAGCUGUACUACUUGACUUGCUUCAGACAGAGUUUCCUGCUUGCGAUGACCCUGAGACAGAGCGUAUGGCAGACUUUGCAGUGAACCACAUCAAUGCAAAAAAUAACCACGGGUACAAGUUCGACAUAAACAGCAUCAAGAUGGUCAAGGUUCUCCCUCGGAGGCCAUUUGGAAAGGUAGCUUUCCUUGAGUUGAACUUAUUGGAGACUAAGUGCCAUGUGUCGAACCCACUACCUGUUGAAAAUUGUACCAUAAGGCCACCGACAGAGCAUGCUGUUGAAGGGGACUGCGACGUCAAACUACUCAUCGUCGAUGAAGGCUACAAAGUGCUGUCUAGCCAUUGUCACUCUUCUGAAGAUUCAGUUGAAGAUGUUCGCAGACUUUGCCCCGAUUGCCCCAUUUUGUCACGUCUGGAUGACUCUAAGUUGAAGGAGACAGCUAAUUCUGGGCUCGCCAAGUUCAACGCUGAAAAUGUUGAUGGAAUCCACUACCAGCUCCUUGAGCUUUCAAGAGGGUUUAGCACACAUCUGCCUCUCGGUACACAUGUGGAGUUUGCAAUUGCCGCCACUAACUGCUCAAGACAACAAGCUCAAGACCCUGCAGAACACUGCCACGUGGUGACAGAUGAGCAUGCGCGUAAUGGGUUUUGCAAGGCAUCCGUUAUCCACUUGCCUCCUGUUCCUGUUGUUGAUGGUGAGCCCAAACCACCUGCAGAGGAGGUCACCCUAGAUUGUACUUUAUAUGAUCACCAGGCCGGCGGUUCCCAUUUCCUCGAGCAUUAUAUGCAUCAUCUUGGGAAGAACAUCCCUUCCCCUGGAACUGGCCGCAGGGUCCUUGACCUCAUCCAUUCCCACAAUGACACGCAUGCAUCCCAUGAGUCUCACUCUGCCGAAGUUCCAGCCGUCGUGGCAGCAAAGCCUGUCGUCAAGAGAGCAGUGGACCUUACUGUGCCAAUCUCAGGAAUUCCGCCACCCGUAUGCCCAGGGAGGAUUCGCCACUUUAAGAUAUAGGAGAGCCUGCUUGUGAGAGCUGAUAGAAACUACGGGAGCCGCCCGGUCAACGAAAUGUCUUUGUAUAUUCUCCCAAGCCUGAACUCACGUUCUUGCAGCAAAAUAGUGAUAAUUCCUCUCUCACACACAUACACCCCCCAAAAAAAAGUCAAGUCUGUCAUGAGAAAGGCUAGGCGUAUUGUGCCUACCUGCUUCCUACCUACCUGUGCAGAUUUUGGUGCUUCCGACAGAUCCUGCAUCUUCUAGCUUCCCUGCUGUCUUUCAUUUCUGCUUCCUUUGGGCAGAGGCAAGGUGGAAAACCAGGAGUCCGUGCCAGGUGGAAAACUCAGGGGCAGGAGGGGCAGUGUUAGGGCGGGGCUGUUGUCCUGUGUCUCAAUCCUUGUCCCUCCUCUUGGUGAGUAGCGGAAGCAGGAUCAGUCGUGCAAAUUACAUAACAAUUUGCUAAUAUGCAUACUCUACUAUUCAGCUAACAGAUUCAUGGCACUCUUGGGUGGAGAAGGAGGUGUGGUUUGGGGGUUUUCUCCUUUUAAAAGGGAAGAAUAUACACAGCACCGAACAGAAGGGACCGCAGUGAUAUAUCAGGUGUAUUCUCUAGGAAUUACUGUUCUUUCCUUCCCCGGCGUCCAAAAUUGCAGUGCUACAUUAUGCAGACCGUGCUGGAAAAUGCAUAUUCUAACAACAUGCAAACCAAAACAAAGGUGCUUCCAAAAUAAAACACGAAACUCGAAAC